UCGGCCAUGGCGAUGAUGAGAUGACAGACGAAUAGAGAGAGAGAGACUAGGUAGCAAGCGAAAGGAAAUGGCGGCCUUGGCGCCGCAUAGCUUCUCCGCCGGACUCCGGUGGCCGCUGGUCUCCUCCUCCCCACUCUCUCGGCCUUCCUCCGCGGCCGUCCCCUCGAAGCCGCCGGUGAGGCGCUCCUACUGCCACGCCGCGGUUGUCGCCGGCACGUACGCGCUCACCCCCGCCCAGAAGGAGCGGCAGAAGCUGAGGGAACUCUUCGAGGAGGCCUCCGAUAGGUGCCGCACCGCCCCCAUGGAGGGCGUCGCCUUCACCAUCGAGGACUUCCACGCCGCCCUCGACAAGUACGAUUUCGACUCCGAGAUCGGCGCCAAGGUUAAAGGAACUGUCUUAUUGACAGAUGCAAAUGGCGCAUUGGUUGAUAUCACUGCAAAAUCUUCUGCCUACUUACCUCUUCAAGAAGCAUGCAUUCACAAAAUUAAGCAUGUGGCUGAAGCGGGCAUAUAUCCAGGAUUAGUUGAAGAGUUUGUCAUAAUUGGUGAGAAAACUGCGGAUGAUAGCCUGGUUCUGAGCCUGCGGUCUAUUCAGUAUGGUCUUGCAUGGGAAAGGUGUAGGCAGCUUCAGGCCGAAGAUGUUGUUGUCAAGGGUCAGGUUGUUGGUGGAAAUAAAGGCGGUGUUGUAGCCAUUGUAGAGGGCCUUCGUGGUUUUGUUCCAUUUUCACACAUAUCAACAAAAUCAACAGCAGAAGAACUCAUUGGUAAGGAGCUACCCCUAAAAUUUGUGGAGGUUGAUGAGGAGCAAUCUAGGCUUGUUCUCAGCAACCGCAAGGCCAUGGCAGAAAGUCAGGUUCAACUUGGUAUUGGCUCGGUGGUCUUAGGAAGUGUCCAAAGCCUUAAACCUUAUGGUGCCUUUGUCGAUAUUGGUGGAAUCAGUGGUCUACUCCAUGUUAGCCAGAUUAGUCAUGAUCGUAUCACAGACAUCUCAACAGUCCUGCAACCUGGUGACUUCCUUAAGGUAAUGAUACUGAGCCAUGAUCGUGAAAGAGGCCGAGUAAGCCUUUCUACUAAAAAGCUGGAAUCCACCCCUGGUGAUAUGAUCCGGAAUCCUAAGCUUGUCUUUGAGAAGGCCGAUGAGAUGGCUCAAGCAUUCCGGCAGAGGAUUGCCCAAGCCGAGGCCAUGGCUCGUGCCGACAUUCUAAGAUUCCAGCCUGAGAGUGGUUUGACUCUCAACUCUGAAGGAAUUUUGAGCACCCUCACAUCGGACUUGCCUGCGGAGGGUUUGGACCUUAGUGACAUACCUGCGUCAGAAGUGUAAACAAGCCAUUGCGACAUGCGUAUGUACUCCACAGGUGAUGUUGGCAUUGAUGCCACUUGCAGAUCUUAACAGGGCGGCGAUCAAAUAUAAGCACGGAUCUCUACACUUAAUGGAUGCAGAUCAUGCCUUGAAAGUUCGCUGCCUUGUCCGUGGCCAUCGGCGGAUUUCCUGGACACAAACCGGAGCGGGGUUCUUCUGGCACCGGCACGGCUCUUAAAGGUUUUUCCCAAUCUAAUAUUUUUCAUGCAUCUCCAAGCUUGAUGGAUCAAUGUAUACAUUGGGUAAAAACUUCAACAAGUAAUCUAAAGAUUUUGAGUUUGUAGGAAA